AUGCAGGCUUAUAAUGGGUAUAACAAAAUCUGGCAUUUCAUCUUUACUUUCGCACCAAAGUUUCACGUAAUCUGUGCUGUUUUAUCUCUACAAUCAAGAAUAGGAUUCAUUAAACUUUAUUUCGAAUUCAUAAUUGUCGAGUCUGGUUCUUACCAUAAUGAUUGUACAUCGUUCCGUCUUUCGGUUUUACAACAAAGGAACAAUAACUUCGGUUUAAAUGGUCGUUGUCUACAUCGAAUAUCGAGAAUUUACAUCACAUCAUCAUUAAGCGAUUUUCGUUAUCUUUAG